AGUUGGACAUUUUCAGCAAUGGGAAUACCGAAUUUAUUGCCUUUCGUGAAAAAUGCGUGCCGUCAAGGUAAUAUCAGUGAAUUAGCCAAUCAGUCAGUUGCUGUCGAUGUAAGUUGUCUAUUACAUCGAGGAUUAAUUGGUUGCGCUGAUAAAGUGGCUCAAGGACACGAAACAGAUUUUUACAUACAUUAUGUGAUGAAAUACGUGAAAGCUUUACUCGCUAACAAUUGCCAUGUUAUUCUUGUUUUUGAUGGACAAAUGUUGCCUGCUAAAAAGGAAACCAACAGUUCUAGACGUGAAAAACGUGAUUUCCAAAAGCAAAGAGGUGAUUUAUUGAUGAGCCAGGGUAGGUCUAUUGAAGCUUAUGAUUGUUUUAAACGUAGCGCUUCACUGACAACAAAAAUAAUCGAAAGUGCAAUUCAGGCGUUUCGACAACUGGAAAUGGUUGAUGUGAUAGUUGCUCCUUACGAGUCUGAUGCGCAGCUAACUUUUUUGAUGAAGUCGAAAAUGGUGGAAGCUGUUGUAACAGAAGAUUCGGAUUUAAUUGCUUUCGGCUGUGAAAAGAUUGUUUUCAAAAUGGAGUCUACAGGAUCUUGCGUUAUUUUUGAGCAGCAUUUACUUCCGAAGUGUUUGUGUCGAGCUCUUGCUGAUCAGUUUGAUUUUGAUAAAUUUCGAAGAAUCUGUAUUCUCUCAGGAUGUGAUUAUUUACAGGCAGGUCUUCAUGGAGUUGGAUUAAACAAAGCUGCAACUUUCUUUGCCAAGACCACCAGCAAAAAUUUGCAUCAAAUAUUACCUCGGCUACCGCGAUACUUAAACAAAAAUUCAUUGAAAAUAACCAAGCAGUUUAUUGCUGACUUCAUCCGUGCUGAAAACACAUUUCUCCAUCAAAUUAUUUUUGAUCCUAUUGAAAGACGGCAGCGUCCUUUAAAUGACUAUCCAAUUAUUCAGAAAAGUAGCGAAAAUGAUUGUAGUUUUGACUUGGAUGGUCAGGAAAGUACUGAUGACUUUGCAUAUGCAGGAAGUAUUCAACCACCAGAAAUUGCAUUAAGUUUUGCUCUGGGAAAUAUUCCGGGUGGGUCUCAAGGUGAUCCAAUUGUUCUUCCUCAAAAUGUGCCAGAUUGGUCCAUUUGGAGCCCUAAUUACAGAACUGCAUCAAUACGACCAGAAAAGAAGUCUGAUAAAGAAAUUAAAAAAAAAUCAUUAUGUGGUGCAUUUACUAUUACACUAUCCGAAAGUUUCGAAGCAAAAACGCCGGAACAUAAAAUCGAAUCGCGGCCUUCACCUUUCCGUAUAUUGAAUAAUCAACCGGCAGUGGAUUUAGAUCUUUAUUCAAUGACUGUACAAAAUUCCAAGAGAAACAAUAUUUUUGCGAACUUUGAAAGACGACAAACUUGCUUCCCCGUAAUCGGCACUACUAAAAGGGGGAACGGUGCUCUUCAAAAUUGGAAUUGUGAUCGUUUACUAAAAGAAUUUUCUAAUACAGGUACAAAACCCUUAUUUUUCCUGGAAUUGUGUCGAAGCAAUAAUACGAACCAUUAUUUCGUUUUGUCUUUUCUCACUGUUGUUCAGAAAAUUAAUGGCAAUUAA